CUUUCUCUUUUUCACGGGAUUUCUUCGCCGCCAUCUUGGGUUUUGAGACUUUUGACCAGCAGACGCUCUCUUUAUUUGUUCAGCUUCUUGCUUAUUUUUUCUCUCUCGUUGUUUAAAAGCCGAAUUCUUUUAGUUUACGCAGGCUGGUUCACGAUGACAGAACCUUCUAAGGUCAUUCACGUUCGCAAUGUGGGGCAUGAGAUAUCUGAAAAUGAUUUGCUUCAGCUAUUCCAGCCAUUUGGAGUCAUUACCAAGCUUGUUAUGCUUCGCGCAAAAAAUCAGGCUCUUAUCCAAAUGCAAGAUAUUCCUUCAGCAGUCAAUGCUCUGCAAUUCUAUGCAAAUGUUCAGCCAAGCAUAAGGGGGAGGAAUGUUUAUGUCCAAUUUUCAUCACAUCAGGAACUAACAACAAUGGAUCAAAAUACUCAAGGACGAGGAGAUGAGCCAAAUCGAAUUCUCCUAGUUACAAUUCAUCACAUGCUAUAUCCAAUAACAGUGGACGUGCUGCAUCAAGUGUUUUCUCCUCAUGGAUUUGUGGAGAAGGUUGUAACUUUUCAAAAGUCAGCUGGUUUUCAAGCCCUGAUUCAGUAUCAAUCACGUCAGAGUGCUGUUGUAGCUAGAACUGCACUUCAGGGGCGUAAUAUUUAUGAUGGUUGCUGUCAGCUGGACAUUCAGUUCUCAAACCUUGACGAGUUACAAGUAAAUUUCAAUAAUGAGCGUUCUAGGGAUUUCACAAACCCAAACCUGCCCACAGAACAGAAAGGCAGAUCUCCACAGCCAGGGUAUGGCGAUGCAGGAGGCAUGUAUGCCCUUCAAGCUUCUGGACGGGGAGUUGCAUUUCCUCAGAUGGCCAAUGCAGCAGCAAUUGCAGCUGCCUUUGGAGGAGGUUUGCCUCCUGGAAUAAGUGGGACAAACGACAGGUGUACAGUCCUUGUCUCGAAUCUGAAUCCUGAUAGAAUAGAUGAGGAUAAGCUCUUUAACCUCUUCUCCAUAUACGGAAACAUUGUGAGAAUUAAACUUCUCCGCAAUAAACCAGAUCAUGCACUUAUUCAGAUGGGUGAUGGUUUCCAGGCUGAACUGGCAGUACAUUUUUUGAAGGGAGCAAUGCUAUUUGGGAAGCGGUUGGAGGUCAACUUCUCAAAGCAUCCAAACAUUACCCAAGGGGCUGAGACACAUGAGUAUGUUAACUCAAAUCUCAACCGCUUCAACCGUAAUGCUGCUAAAAAUUACCGCUACUGCUUCCCAACAAAAAUGAUCCACCUGUCAACACUCCCCCAGGAGAUCACUGAAGAGGAGAUCAUCAGCCACUUAGAAGAACAUGGCACCAUCACCAACACUAAGCUUUUUGAGAUGAAUGGGAAGAAGCAGGCCCUCAUUAUGUUUGAGACUGAGGAGCAGGCUACUGAAGCCCUUGUGUGCAAGCAUGCUACCUCACUUGCUGGGUCAAUAAUCCGGAUUUCGUUUUCCCAGUUACAGUCUAUAUAAAAGGCCUUGUUGUAGAAGGACAAACAGGGUAAGAUUCUUACAGCAUAAAAGGUGUAGGGAUUGAAUUUGAGUGGGAUACUUUUAUGCAGCUGAUGGUCUUCUGCACUCUUUUCUGACAAUGUGCUUUUGAUUGCUUUUGUACUGGUGGGAUAUGCUGUUUGAAUGAUUUUAACUCUUAUCUCAUCUCUAGUGCUUGUACCAAUUCUUAUUGAGGUUUCUUUAUUAGUGAGAGUAGAUUUCUGGC